AUGGCCGAGAGUGACCUGGCCGAGCCCUGCAGGGAGGGCAGCCCGAGGUGGGGCCCCCAGCACGCUGGGGCCCGGGAGCUGGCAGAACUCUACUCCCCAGGGAAGCGGUUACAAGAAUGGAUCUCCGUCAUGCUUUGCUUCCUUUUGAUGUCCUUUAAUUUCUGCAACAUAAUCCGCUAUUUCAGCUUCGAGCACACGGCCAGCAUUGUACUCAGCAUUGUUGCAGGGAUUGUCACAGCCGACUUCGCCUCGGGAUUGGUGCACUGGGGUGCAGACACGUGGGGCUCCGUAGAGCUGCCUAUUGUCGGGAAGGCCUUCAUCAGACCCUUCCGGGAACAUCAUAUCGAUCCCACUGCCAUCACCCGGCACGACUUCAUAGAAACCAACGGAGAUAACUGCAUGCUGACCAUCAUUCCCCUGUCCUGUCUGGCCUUUAAAUUCAUCAGCCACUCACCAGAUCUCAUCUAUAAGUCCUACGCCACCGACUGCUUCAUAUUCGCUUUGGCCAUGUUUGUCACGCUCACCAACCAGAUUCACAAGUGGUCUCACACCUACUUCGGUCUUCCUUCCUGGGUGGUCUUCCUCCAAGACUGGCACAUCAUUUUACCCCGCAAACACCACCGCAUCCAUCACGUGUCUCCGCACGAAACCUAUUUCUGUAUAACGACAGGUUGGUUGAACUACCCGCUAGAAAAGAUCGGAUUCUGGCGACGGCUCGAAGAGAUCAUCCACGGCGUCACGGGGGAGAAACCGCGGUCAGACGACUUAAAGUGGGCCCAGAAGGUCAAAUAA